AUGGAUAGUGAAGGAGGUCCCCCAGGUUUUGAUGGUGGUGGUGGUGGUGGUGCUACCAAAGGAGGUGGUAGCAUUGGAGGUGUUGGUAGCCUAAGUGUAGGAGUUGAUAAUGAAGGUGGGCCUCCAGGUUUUGGUGGUGGUGGUGGUAAAAAAGAAGGUAGUUGUAAAGGUGUUGGUAGCCUAGGAGGAGGAAAAAAUGUUGAAGGGCCCCUAUGUUUUGGUCAUGGUGGAAGUGCUAUAGGUGAUAGUGAAGGAGGUCCCCCUAAUUUUGGUGGUGGUGGUACCAAAGGAGGUGGUAGUGACGAAAGUGUUAUUAGUCUAGGAGAUGGUGGUGGAGAAAGAGAUGGUGAUGGAGAAAAUUGA